UCACACAAUACAAUACGUUACUCCAAAAGACGCGGGGGCUCAAACAACCCGUCAUCCAUUAAAACAUCAGUUCCAAUUUUCUUUCCCUCGUAGUUUCAAGAAAUGGGGAUCUCUCUCCUUCUCGCUUCUCUCUUUACAUCUUUGAUCCUCUCGCGAUCUGCCGCCGAUGAGAAAUUCGACGUCCGCCAACAUCUCGCCACCGUCACCAGAUAUGGUGUAGCACAGGAUUCUAAUACUGAUUCUUUUGUGCCUUCUGUUAUUCCUGAUGGAUGCAGCGCAAUCCACCUAAAUCUUCUGGCGAGACAUGGGACCCGUUCGCCUACAACAAAACGUAUUAAAGAGUUGGAUAGGUUGGCAGCUCGUUUGGAUGUUCUUUUGAAUGAUGCAAAAGAUGAGGCAGGCCAGAACAGCUCCUCUUUGAAUACACCAGCAUGGCUAUGGGGAUGGAGAUCCCCUUGGGAAGGAAAACAGAAAGGGGGAGAGCUAAUUAACAAAGGGGAAGAGGAGCUGUAUCUUCUAGGAAAAAGAAUAAAGGAAAAGUUUGCAGCAUUGUUUGAUGAGGAGUAUCACCCAGAUGUCUUCUCAAUUAGGGCAACACAGGUUCCUCGAGCAUCAGCUAGUGCUGUUGCAUUUGGCAUUGGACUAUUUGCUGGGAAAGGAAACCUUGGACCAGGCGGGCAUCGUGCCUUCUCUGUUAUAAGUGAGAGUCGUGCAAGUGAUAUGUGCUUACGGUUCUAUGAUUCUUGUCAGACUUAUAAAAGAUAUAAAGAAAACCAGGAGCCAGCUGUUGAUAAGAUUAAGGAACCCAUUCUGCGUAUCAUUGCUGCUGAGGUCGGUAGACGCUACCAGCUAGGUUUCACUAAGCAGGAUGUUGCUUCUUUAUGGUUUCUCUGCAAACAGGAAGCAUCUUUGUUGGAUAUCACCAAUCAAGCUUGUGGCCUUUUCAACGCUACGGAGGUUUCUUUACUUGAAUGGACAGAUGAUUUGGAGGGUUUUCUGUUAAAUGGUUAUGGUAACUCGGUUAACUAUCGCAUGGGGAUACCACUCCUCCAGGAUGUAAUUCAGUCAAUAGAGCAAGCAAUUAUUGCUAAAGAAGGAAACCAUACUCCAGGAACAUUUGAGAAGGCAAGACUCCGUUUUGCUCAUGCUGAGACUGUUGCACCAUUUGCCUGUCUUCUUGGCCUUUUUCUUGAAGGAUCUGAAUUUGAGCAAAUACAAAGAGAAGAACCACUGGAUUUACCUUCUAAACCUCCCCAGAAAAGAAACUGGAAGGGCAGCGUUGUAGCACCUUUUGCUGGAAAUACUAUGUUGGUUUUGUAUGCCUGUCAUAGUGAUGAUUCUACUACGGUCAUUUCAUCUGAAGAUCGGAGGAAAAAGUAUUUUGUACAAGUUUUGCACAAUGAAAUUCCUGUUCGUUUACCGGGUUGUGGUAAUAUUGAUUUCUGCCCUUUAGAGGUCUUCAAGGAACAAAUUGUCAAUCCUCAUUUAAAGCACGACUUUGAUUCGGUCUGCAACUUUAUGCCAGAGAACACCAAAGUCCAUCUAGUAUCAGAUUCCUAAAACACUGAUAUGAGUCGUAAAAAGCUAGUAAGAAGCUUUUCUCAUAGAAAUACCACAAUGGCGACAACAAAUCAGGAAAUGUUCUGUUACAUCACAUAUUUCUUGGAUGAGAAAUGAGAAUUAACAAAUAGUGUUCUUCACAGAUAUUAUUCAAUUUAUUUUUCCUGCCUAUUCUUUGUUUCUUUUAGGAGUCCUUUUCGGGUGUUUGUCCACCCCCAUUGUUUUGUAUAAAUUUAAGAUUCAUUGGUGUCAUGCUCUUUAUCACAAGCCAUCCUUCGCAUGUAUAUGUUCCUAUAUCACCUUUGUGUACAGGCAAUUUGCACAUCUUUUUGGUCACUUUUAUCAGCUCAUCUUUUGCGAGCAUCGCAUGUAUAGUUGGUGUUUUCAGUAGCACUUGUUUCCUAAUUUCUGGACUCUGUUUUAAUUGGAGAUGCGAGG